AUGGGCGAGGUACACGAAGCUGACAAGAACAUUGAGAUCUGGAGGGUCAAGAAGUUAAUCAAGGCGCUUGAUGCUGCGAGGGGCAAUGGCACUAGCAUGAUUUCUCUCAUCAUGCCACCUCGUGAUCAGAUUUCACGCGUCACUAAGAUGCUGGGUGAUGAGUAUGGAACUGCCUCAAACAUCAAGAGCAGAGUCAACAGACAGUCUGUGUUGGCUGCCAUAACCUCGGCUCAACAGAGGUUGAAGCUUUACAGUCGAGUUCCCCCCAAUGGUUUGGUACUCUAUACUGGUACCAUUGUCACCGAUGAUGGCAAAGAGAAGAAGGUUACCUUUGACUUUGAGCCAUUUAGACCCAUUAAUGCUUCCCUGUAUCUCUGUGACAACAAGUUUCACACUGAGGCACUGAAUGAGCUUCUGGCAUCUGAUGACAAAUUUGGUUUCAUAAUCAUGGAUGGCAAUGGAACACUGUAUGGCACACUGAGCGGAAACAGCAGGGAGGUUCUGUACAAGUUCACUGUUGAUCUCCCAAAGAAGCAUGGGCGAGGAGGGCAAUCUGCAGUCCGCUUUGCCCGCCUGCGCAUGGAGAGGCGACACAAUUACCUGCGCAAGGUUACUGAGCUUGCGACACAAUACUUCAUCAAUCCUGCCACCAACCAGCCAAACAUCGUUGGGCUUAUUCUUGCCGGUUCUGCUGACUUCAAGAAUGAACUGGGUAAAUCUGAGAUGUUUGAUCCGCGUCUUCAGGCCAAAGUAGUCAAGAUGAUUGACGUGUCUUAUGGUGGGGACAGCGGCUUCAACCAAGCCAUCGAGAUGUCCGCCGAGGUUCUUUCUGAUGUUAAGUUUGUCCAAGAAAAGAAGCUGAUCGGGAAGUUCUUUGAGGAGAUAAGCCAGGACACAGGGAAGUAUGUCCUUGGUGUCCAGGACACCAUGACAGCCCUGGAAAUGGGCGCGGUAGAAAUCCUGAUUGUGUGGGAAAACCUUGAUGUCAGGCGUUAUGAGCUCAAGAACAGUGUCACAGGAGAAACAGUUGUGAAAUACCUGAACCCCACUCAGGAGGCUGAUCAGAGCAACUUUACUGACGAGUCAACAUCGGGGGAUCUGGAGGUCAUUGACAACACGCAGCUGCUGGAGUGGUUUGCUGAGAACUACCACCAGUUUGGCUGCACACUGGAGUUUGUCACCAACAAGUCCCAGGAAGGUUCUCAGUUCUGCCGGGGAUUUGGCGGGAUUGGUGGGAUCCUCCGCUACCCAGCCGAUGUCAGUGCCUACCAGGAUGGUGACUUGUCUGAUGGGGAGUAUGAUGAAGACUUCGAAUAG